AUGCGACCCCUACGCCUCCGACUACAUCAUGCCCAGAAGCUCGCUCCACGUCCUCGACUACCGAUAACACACUUUUCAACAUGCGCAGCCCGUCAUGACCUACAUCCAUUAACCCGGCGCCUCUUCAAGUUCCCCUCCGCCCCAACACCCUCCACGCACCACCACGACCUCCCGAGCUUCCUCUCCUACGCUGAGCGCAUCUCCCUCCCGCAAACAAGCACCGUCUACGUUGGCACGCACUAUGAAUACACCGUCCUCCACAAACUGCGCCAAUGCGCGCUCAACCUCCACCGCGUCGGCGGGCGCGACGAUGCAGGCAUCGACCUAGUGGGGACCUGGCACCUCCCCGAGCGAGAGCGGGAGCUUGCCCUGCGCGUCGUGGUGCAGUGUAAAUCCCUGAAAACCAAACUGGGGCCGAACCUCGUCCGUGAGCUGGAGGGUGCGCUGCGCAAUGCGCCGGUGGGGUGGCGCACGGAACAGACGGUGGGGAUGCUGGUUAGUCCGCGCGAGGCUACGAAAGGGGUGCGCGAUGCGAUGGCGCGGAGUGGGUAUCCGCUGUUGUGGAUGAUGAUUGAGCGGGAUGGGACGAUGCGUCAGGCGCUUUGGAAUGCGAGGGCUGAGCUGCUGGGGCUGGAACCGUUGGGAGUCGAGACGAGGUAUACCGGUGGUGAUGGCGGUGGGGAUCUGUCGGAGAAGGUGUCUGCGGAGGUUGCCUUGACCUGGGACGGGGGCGAUAUUGGGGAUAUGGACUACGUGGAGCAGACCCUGGCUCGUGCGGAGGACCAGUGGGCUGCAUCGUGGGGGGUGGCUCCGUCUGAGAAGGCGGCGUUGUUGGAUGCCAUUGAGAGCCUAUUUCCGGAGAAGAGUAUCUCUUCCGGGCCGGAAGGGGUAUCUGCAUCUGAUCGGAUGAAAGUCUUGCAAAUGAUCCAGGAACGGGCACGACAGAGGCCCGGGGAAUAA